CUUUAAAACCAGCAGAGGAAGCACAGGAUUUCUCAAACUGCACUCUAACUUGUCAGGAGUAGGAAAGAUCGACACACGAGACAGAAGCUUUAUGAGCUCAGGUCUGCUCAGGUGUUGCAGUUAUGAAUGAGAUGCUGCCCCUGGACACACUCACCACCAACCAAACGGUGGUUAACACUGUGACUGAAGUCACCGUCCUUCUGCUCUUACUACUGCUGCUGCUGCUCUUCACCACCUGGAGCCGAACAAACUGUUCAAAUAUACCAGGUCCUUCCUUCUGGGCAGGACUCGGUCCGAUCCUCACAUACACCAGAUUCAUCUGGACUGGGAUCGGAACGGCAUGUAACUACUAUAACAACAAAUAUGGCAGCAUAGUCCGGGUUUGGAUUAAUGGUGAAGAGACCAUCAUUCUGAGCAGGUCCUCAGCAGUGUAUCAUGUUCUGAGGAGUGACCUCUACACAGCCAGAUUUGGGAGUAAAGCAGGGUUGGAGUGUAUUGGGAUGGAAGGGAGGGGUAUUAUUUUCAACAGUGAUGUCCCACUCUGGAAAAAAGCAAGGACGUAUUUUUCCAAAGCUCUGACAGGCCCCGGUCUCCAGAGGACUGUGGGAAUCUGUGUGCACUCCACAGCCAAACACCUGGACUGCCUGCAGGAGAUGACUGACCCCUCCGGACAUGUGGACUCGCUCAAUCUGCUGAGAGCCAUAGUGGUGGACAUUUCCAACAGGCUUUUCCUCAGGGUGCCGCUCAAUGAAAAGGACUUGCUGAUGAAAAUCCAAAGCUACUUUGAGACCUGGCAAACAGUUUUAAUAAAGCCUGAUAUAUUCUUCAAGAUUGGAUGGCUGUACGAUAAGCACAAGAAAGCGGCCCAGGAGCUGCAAGACGUGAUGGAGAGCCUUCUUGAAAUUAAAAGAAAGAUUAUAAAUGAGUCUGAGAAGUUGGAUGAUGAUUUUGACUUUGCAACAGAGCUCAUAUUUGCUCAGAAUGUCGGCGAGCUUUCAGCAGAUAACGUCAGGCAGUGCGUGCUGGAGAUGGUGAUUGCAGCACCUGACACACUUUCCAUCAGCCUCUUCUUCAUGCUGAUGCUGCUGAAACAAAACCCAGACGUAGAGUUGAGGAUAGUGGAGGAGAUGGACGCUGUCUUGAGUCAGAAAGGUGCUGAAAACAUCAAUUAUCAAAGCCUGAAAGUGCUGGAGAGUUUUAUCAAUGAGUCUAUGAGGUUUCAUCCCGUGGUUGAUUUCACAAUGCGAAAAGCUCUGGAGGAUGACAUCAUCGAAGGCACUAAAAUUACAAAAGGGACCAACAUCAUUCUCAACAUUGGUCUCAUGCAUAAAUCAGAAUUUUUCCCAAAACCCAAAGAGUUCAGCCUGAGCAACUUUCACAAAACAGUUCCCAGUCGUUUCUUCCAGCCCUUCGGCUGUGGGCCUCGUUCCUGCGUGGGAAAACACAUCGCCAUGGUGAUGAUGAAGGCCAUCCUUGUCACUCUGUUGUCUCGUUAUACUGUGUGCCCUCGCCAAGGCUGCACCCUCAACAGCAUCAGGCAGACCAACAACCUGUCGCAGCAGCCCGUGGAGGACGAGCACAGCCUGGCCAUGCGCUUUAUCCCUCGGACGACACAACCUCCACACAAUCUGGACUGAGACAUUCAGUGCAAUCCUAAGUAUUGAACAUGGUGAAGAAUGUAGCUGAUGAAUAGGAUCUAAUAUCCCCUCACUAAAAUUAUACAAAUGUGACCCAUGACCUCUGGUAUUCUGGGUUUUCAUAGUGUAUUUCUGAGUCUGCUUCAAAGAGCAAACAAACAAUAAAUUUGUGAUGUUGCAGCGGAUGUUUUGUCCACUUUGACAUCACUGACCUCUGGCGAAUAUGUCUGAAAGUUGGAGCAGUGGCAGAAUGAUUUACUGACCCAUAGAAAGCAAUAUGGAAACCCAGGGCAGAUACAGACUACAACUUGAGAGGUCACAAAUUAUUUUUUAGAAAUAAUAACAUGGUGCCAACUUGUUUAAAACCUGGACUGAGACAAAGAGCUCCAGUUACAUGUUUAAUACUGUUGAUAUUUUACACACGGUACUGUUUCUUUAGAGAUUAUUGUGUUAAACAUUAUCAGUGUUAUCAGUCAUAUGGUAAAGGAAGUAGUGUUAGACAUAAACGUCAUGUUAAAAUUUCAGCACACACGGGAAAUGUGAAAUAUUGGUAUGCUGUAAAUCCAAUUCUAAUCGCAUAUAUAUUAAAUCUCUAGAAAAAAAAAGGUUAUGUUAAGGUAAAAAUAGUUUAUUUUUAAAGGUCUCGGUGAAAGAAAACAAUGACACAGGCAUUAAAUCAAAUGUUACUAAUAUUGUGUGAUGUUUGCUCAAAGUAAAUUCUCAUUCAAUAAAUAAAUGUGAUGUAUUUUUAAAAUAUCAGGAGAGAAUCAUUUUCUUUGCUUCAAGUCCAACACAUUUAUUUCACAGCUAUCACAGGUCUAAACCAGCAUCUAUUUCAUGAAUAAUCGAUGAGUCAAAAUCAAGUGAGUGACAUGUGUUGAAUUUAUUUACAAGUUAGCAGAAUGUAGUGACAGGCACUCUAAGAAACAAUGAUUUCCUCUGUACCACAGGCACAAAUCAAACACGCCACCUUGGCAUUAGAACAUAAGGCGUUAGGUCAGAGUUUAGACACAUUUGUUAGUGUCACACUGUCAAAUUAGGACACAUGCAAAACACAAACAAAAAAAA